CUGUGCACCCAAGAGAGGAAUCGGGGCCUGGCGUCCCCUCCUCGCCCCGGGCCGGGCCCUGCCCCACCUUAUUCUUCCUGGUUGAGAUGGGCUCAGCCAAGAGCUUCCCAGUCACUCCGGCGCGGCCUCCGCCGCACAACAAGCUUCUGGCCCGAGUGGCAGACCCCCGUUCACCUAGUGCCGGCAUCCUGCGCACUCCCAUCCAGGUGGAGAGCUCUCCACAGCCAAACCUACCAGCAGGGGAGCCGCUGGAGGGUCCCAAUCAGGCCCAAGACUCAGAUCCCCGCUCUCCUACUCUUGGCAUUGCACGGACACCUAUGAAGACCAGCAGCGGAGAACCCCCAAGCCCACUGGUGAAACAGCUGAGUGAAGUAUUUGAGACCGAAGCCCCCAGAUCGAAUCUGCCCCCAGAGCCUGUUCUGCCCUUAGAGGCAACUUCAUCUUCUGAAUUGGACUUGCCUCUGGGCACCCAGUUUUCCCUUGAAGACCAGAUGCCACCCUGGAGGCAGACUGAGCUCCCCUCCAAGCAGGUGUUCUCCAAGGAGGAAGCAGGACAACCCUCAGAAACCCCCAUGGCCAGCCAGGGCUCGGACAAGCCCUUGAGAGACCCUGAGACUCCCCGAUCUUCAGGUUCUAAGCACAAUAGACGGAAAGCAAAUGGCAAGGUACUAGGGAGAUCUCCCCUCGCAAUCCUACAGGAUGACAACUCCCCUGGAACUCUGACACCACGACAGGGUAAGCGGCCUUCUCCCCUGAGUAACAAUGCUAGGGAGCUAAAGGAAGGGGCCGUUCUGGGAACUGGACGACUUCUGAAAACUGGAGGCCGAGUGUGGGAGCAGGGCCAGGAUCAGGACAAGGAAAAUCAGCACUUUCCAAACUUGGUGGAGAACUAGGCCGAGUAUGGCCCCAGCACUGGCUUCACCCGGGGCCUAGUGAUGUUGCGUCCCCUCAACCCCAUCUUUCCCUGGGAGACUGGAAAGGCUUGUUGUCUUCAACGCCCCCCUAAACUCCCAGCUCGGGGACUGAGCGCUUUCUUGGGCUGUCUUUGUGUCUCAUGUGUUUCUUGUAUAUUAAAGAACGUGGUUUAA